AUGUACAUGCGUGUUUUCAUACGAAAGGUGAUGGCAGCUCUGUCUGUGAGCAUUGCAACAUUCAACAUGUUGCUCCAUAUCCUCUUUCUUUCAGGUGCUUUGGCUGCUUGUCCUGAAGGGACAUACCCUUUCAUUACUGUACCACAGAAGAUGGAUGCACUGAGUGGAUCUUGUCUGCAAAUCCCAUGUUACAUUACAAAUGAUAACUUACAUAAGGAUGGCACACAAAAUGUUGGAAAGUGGAUUAAAAGUGUUCCUAACCGCGGAAUUCCAAAGAAUGUGAUUUUUGACAGUAGUAAGACAGUUAAUAUCUAUCCAAUGAAUAUCACUGGAAACCUGAGUGAGAGAAACUGCACCACUUUAUUUUCUAAUCUAAUCAUAAGUUAUGCAGACACAUACUACUUCAGAUUUGAGAACAGUGAAUACAGCACAACAGCUGCUUGUGACCCUCUUCAAAUAACAGUUCAAGAUUCUCCUCCGAGCCCCAGAAUUGAGAUCUCAGGUGAUCUGAGGGAGAAGGAGUCUGUCACUAUAACCUGCUCAGCUUCCACUCCCUGUCCACACUCCCCUCCUAAACUCACCUGGAAUCUCUUACAAUACCCUCACAACACAAUAGAGGAUAACACAGAUCAAACCUUCACAUCUAAAAUUCAGGAGACCAUCACUCUGUCAGACAAACAUGAUGGAGUCACCAUCACCUGUUCUGCCACAUAUCCUGUGGAUGGAGGAAACUAUAAGACAGCAGAGGAGAGAGACACUCUCAAUGUUUCAUAUGCUCCCAAGGACACCUCAGUGUCCAUCAUUCCAUCAGGUUUGGUGUCAGCAGGUAGCUGGGUGAACCUGACCUGCUCCAGCAGAGCCAAUCCUCCCAUCAGCAGCUUCACCUGGUUCAAGACCAGCAAUGAUGGACCCAUCAAAGUGUCUGAAGGAGACUUUUUCAGCUUUAAUGUGACAGAUGGAGGAAUUUAUUGCUGUGUGGCCACAAAUGAUCUUGGUACUGAAACAUCACCAGAGAUCCAUCUGACUAAUGAAGGAGUAAAACUACUUGAUAGCUCUUCACCAUGGGGGGCAGUUGUUGGAGGGAUCAUCGGGAUCAUCAUACUCAUCUGUGUGGUUAUUGUCGUUUGGUGGUUAAAGUCAAAACAUCCAACUUCACAACAAACACAGAGUCUAACAGCUGAGCAGUCGGCUGUUCAAGAAUCAGCCAGAUCAACAGAAACAGAGGACAUCCAUUACGGAGAGAUCGACUUCUCCAAGAGGAGACCUGAACCGUCCUCGACUUCUGUGCAAGACAGUGGACAGCAGCAGGAUACGCUGUAUGCACAGGUCAAUGUGUCCAAGAGGUUCGCACAGACUGCUGACGACCGAGAGGAUCUCUAUGCUCAAGUGAAGAGAAAAUAAAUGUAUGGGUGUAUUUUUUUAUUAAACAAUUAUUAUUAUUUUAUUACUAAAGUUCUUUGCAUUAUAUUAAGACAGUGACAGUUUGUAUGUUUUUUUUAUCAGUACUUGUGGUGUUUCUAGAUUCAAAAUUCCUGUUUGCCACACAUAUCAUAUUUGCUCAUCUAACAUGCAUCACAUUUAUUUAUCAUACAUGGAUAUGUGUUAAGUUUACAACUAACCCACAGAUGAAUUUUUUUUUUGACUCAGCUUUUACAUAUUGU